AUGCAGGAUAGGGAAGAUGAAGAGAGAAGGAGAGAGACAGAGAGAGAAUCAGCUCCAACCCCAAGACCACCUCCUUCUGUCUUGGGCAACUUCUUGGCUUCAGUAGUUUUUGGCAUCAGAACUGGUGUACCACAGAGAAAUUUUAAAUUUUGGAGUUCGGUGGUUACUACUUGGUACAUGAUGUCCUGUUACAUGUGUUCCAAGAAGUUUAAACCCCUCUUGACCAGAGAGCACACCUGCUCAGUAUGUCAUUUUUCCUUUUGUGGGAAAUGUAUAUCUACAGCUCAAUUAGGCACUCCAAAAGAAAUGUGUAAGUGUUGCAUUGGGAAUGCCUCAACAAAGAAAAAUAACGGAUUGAAUAACUGGUCUCCAAAGAAUACUCUCCCUGCAGGAAAUUCACAAGUGGUCAAAGAUAAACAAGGAAAAUCAGAGCAAGAAAUUGCAGAACGUCUGAGAAGACUGCAAGAGAGCUCAUGCCAAUUGCCAUCUGAUGAUGAACUACAAAUGAGGCUGAGGAAGCUAAAAGAUGUAGAAUCAACAUCCUCAAGCAGCCCUGCAUUUCUAGAAGGGAAAAAGAAGACCAGUGAGGAAGAAACUGUUGAUUUGUUAAAACAAGUGAUGGAUGAAGUGAAGCUGGAGGAGAAGUCCCAUGAUUGUGACAGGAGCAUAGAGCGUCGUUUACAGGAACUUAAGAAACAUCCUUUACCAGUAUCACCAAGACAGCAGAAUAUCAGUGCAGGUUCUGAAUUUGAGAGACCUAAUGCUAGUGCAGGUGAAGCUGAAGAAGAUGAGGCUCCCCUUCCUUGGUGUGUGUUGUGCAAUGAGGAUGCUGCUGUAGUUUGUCAUGGUUGUGAUGGAGAUUUGUAUUGCAGGAGUUGUUUCAAGGAAUUUCAUCAUCCAUCUGACCCUGAGCCACAUAAACAUUCUCCUUACCUACAUGCUGAAAAGAAUUAA